AUGUCGUAUCGCCGCAUCGUCCCAAUAGACCGUCGAUCGUCUCACGCAAGAAAGAAGGACAGAAAGCACAAGAAGGAGAAGAAAGAAAAGAAGGACAAGAAGAAGAAGAGCAAGAAGAGCAAGAAAGAGAGCAGCUCCGACAGCAGCGAUGGCGACAGCGACGGCCCACGCAGCGCCAUCACCGGCAAGAAGAUCAAGCUCAAGGUAUCCAAGUCCUCGGAGGACAAGGCUCGGGAUAAGAACCGCCAGGAUCUGCUGCUGCAUCUGAACCAGAUGUACGACUAA